AGGAAAACCAAGUUACAGUGAUGCCCCACUUGUUAAUGACAAAAUAUUCAUCAUAAUUCAUAUAGAUAUAUUCAUUGAUACAUCACUGGUUUCCUACUCUCUAUAUAUCUAUAUAUGUAUUUCCUUCUAAAUCCCUCUGAAAGCAAAAUAAUUGAGGCAUCUUACAGUGUAGACAGAGAAUUGAAGAGCUUUAAUUAGCACCGUUGAUUUUUACUCGGAGAUGGAUAUGAACAUGGAAAUGAUGAAGCAGUUUACAGAGAUGAAUCCAGGCUUCUUGGAGAGUAUAAGUGUUUCUGACUACUCUGGAGAAACUUUCUGGGCCCAACAAGAACAAUCUGAAAUUCCUGCAAAUUGGGUUCAUAACAAUCUUUCAAGUAGUACUUUUAAUAGUAACACUGGACAUGGUGGAGUACUACCAGUUCAUCGCGGCACCAGCUCGAUCAUCGGAGAUUAUUUCGAUCAAAGAAAAACGAGAAUAGUAAAUGAAGAAUCCACCAGCAAUUCCCAGAACAAAUCUUCUGCAAAAAUUGCAGCAAGCUCCAGUACUAGGAAAAAGAAUAACUUAGGAAAAGGGAAGAAAAGUAGAAGCAGUGAGAAAGAGAUGGAGAAGUCAGAGGAGGUAAUUCAUGUUAGAGCAAAAAGAGGACAAGCCACUGACAGUCACAGCAUUGCAGAAAGGGUGAGAAGAGAGAAAAUCAAUAAGAAAAUGAAGUGCUUGCAAGACCUUGUUCCAGGAUGCAACAAGAUGAUGGGUAUGGCUGUUAUGUUGGAAGAGAUUAUAAACUAUGUUCAUUCAUUGCAGAAUCAGGUUGAGUUUCUUUCCAUGGAGCUCGCGGCUGCAUGUUCUCCUUACGACUUCAAUCAUACUCUGGAAUCCAUCAGAAAAGCACAGGGGACAAAUCCACAUGAGGCAGAGGAAAUGGAGAAAUGGGUAAAAGAAAGAUAUGGAGAGCAAAAUUGCUUCCAACCAACAUGGCCUCUUUGACUCCACUUUUGGCAGCUACUCCUUCAUUGUUAUAAAACAACAUAAAUAUGCCUCAGCAUCUUAUCUUUUUCCCAUCAAAUCGCAUGAAAAACGUCUUUGAUUAAUCGAAUUUGUUUCUAAUUAAGUUUACUGAUAUAAUUUCAGAUAGAGUUAAGAACCGAAGUACAAAGUUUUAAUGUUCUCUUUUUCAUUCUCUUGUCCAAUGUGAAAAGGCUGAUCUUUCUUGUUUUGACUCUAUAAAAGAAAAUUUACGUUUUGUAACCUCUUAUCUUAUUGUAUGCUUUCGUGCUCUCGUGUCAAUCAUGGCAACUAAGCACAAAUCGUGUUUGACGGGACUUAGCUUCAUGUAUUCCUGCUGGUGUGUAUCCAUAUAAUUUCUGCAAUACAUUUUUGUCAACUUAUGGUUUGAAUUUUGGCACUCGGGGCCACUUUCGAACCUGUUUUACACAUUUUUACUAGACAUCCACAUGUGCUUCGCAGUUUCUUGGUUUACAAGAAAGGGAGAAAUUUGGUCUUGUGAAAUUCUUAGACAACAACUUUCUUGUACUUAUGUGUUUGUAUCAUUUAUCACAGACAUAUUCUGUUCUGUACUCAAUUUUAUCAGGUUCUCAUUUUCAGCA